AUGUCUGUAUCUACUCGUGCGGGCUUCGCCUGGAAGGGUGGUCGUCUUGACGAGCCAACCGAUACUCUCGUCUUAACCGGAAAUUCUUACUUCGUCGACGUCCGCGUGCGCAAAUCCGAUCGGAAACUCGACUGGGCCUUCGCGGGGACCAAGACCAGCAAGCCAGGCCCUCAUCCUGGCGAAACGACGUCGACAUGGCACCAUACGAUUGACUCGCUGCAUGACGGCCCUGUUGAGGACUCCGGCAUUCUCUGGGCCGAUCCUUCCGAUCCCUCUCGCACUCUGGAGCGCGGCGAGAUGCUCAACCCUGCCACGGGCCAAGUCGAAGCAUACGAGGAGGUAUGGGAAGAUGUCGAUCCUCCUCCGGGCACGCGUGUAGCGUUCGUCGAGAAAGACGACGGGUCCGCCAUGGUGGGAAUCAUCGGUGCCAGACGAUUAGGUGCCAGUCGCACCAGCGCAUGGCGCCUUGAAGCUGGCAGAGUUGUGUUCUGCGUCGGGAAUCCGGAGGGGAUGGAUGUCUCAAUCCCAGUUAGCGAGCCUGUUGAGCCCGGGACCCGGCUUGGGUCGUGGUUGGUACGCGAAUGCUGGGAAACUCCGGAUCCAGAGGCAGAUGCGGCUCUUAGGGCGAGCGUCGAACACAGUCACCAUCACGAGCACGAGCACGUCCACGGGCCUUGCCACUGUCAUGGUCCCGAUGACGACGACUCAGAUGUCGACGAAUGA